CGCAACACCCUCGCGAUGUUGAGGCAGGCCUUGAGCUUGCGCUACGCGAGCACAUGGGCAGCUCCGGGAGUUCUAUUUCGUUACAGUGCGGCGCGCUACAUUCGUUCAAGAUUACCCUGGCCUAUCGCGGCGGACGGCGUGGGGGAACGGCCUUCAACCCAUUUGGAUACCGUCUGGGCGGCUGGCCGCAGCGCAUUAAGCACAAGCCCCGGGUGGUGCUGGCGGCGGAUGUGCAGGUGCUGCCCUACCUGCCCAAGGAGGUGGUGGUGGUGCUGCCGGCGCUGCGCGGCUGGCCGCCCGGGCGCUACCUGCUGCGGGAGCACCGAGUGGCGUGCGGCUGCGGUGCGUGCAGGGAGGCGCAGGGCUAUGCGGUGGAGGGGUCAGAGGCAGGUGGCGCAGGUGCAGGGGAGUCGGGGGAGGACGAGGAGGAUGAGGAGGAGGAGGAGGAGGCAGAGGACCUGCAGCAGGAAACACAGGUGGACGAGGAGGCGAGCACAAGACACGGAGACACCGGAGCACGCGCGGGCAUUGCAGGACCAGCAGCAGCAGGUGGCCCUGGCAGGGCCCCCAGGCGCUACAAGAGGCGGCUGCGAAUGGACGAGCGGGGCGGCUUCUGGGCGCCGCACCGCUACGUGGAGCACGCGGCGGGCGUGCGGCUGGGCGGCGGGCGGCAGCCGGCGGGUGUGCCGCCGCUGCGCAGCCAAGACUGGAUUCGGUUCCAGGUGCCGCUGCCGGGGCGAGGGCAGGGGCAGGGGCCGGGAGGCCAGUCCGAGCUCGGGACCAGACAUGUUGAGCUGACGGUGUCGGAGCUGUGUCGGGAGCUGGGCUACAGGUGGCAGCACCGGAAGUGCCUGCCGCCGCCGCCGCCACUGCCGCCGCCACACCAGCAGUAGACAACCCGAGUGCUGAGACCGCACUGACGCGGACGGCGAGAUGGGCCCGUGCAUACCGAAUGGCUUGGAUGUGACAUCGGUACAUCGCGGAUGGAAGGUUACGUGGGCCCUGGCUAGGCACUAGGUAGCUAGGCAGCAGUGUAGCACCUCAGCGGCGUGGCGUCGGGGCUGACACACCAGCCCGCGGGCCUACCUGUGGCUACAGAUGGCGUGAACUGAGGGCCCUAAUGCGUCUUCCAAGCUGGGUAGCUGUACGGUUUGGAUAGCUGUACGGUUAUGUGUUGGCGUAUGCACCUCUAGACUUCGAUUAAAACGUCACUUGUCCGAUUGGGACAUUGAUCUGUCCGGAGCGCACCAAGGCGCCCACCACUUUGUCCACCACCUUUUAAUCAUUCAGGCUCCCACUACGCCCGCACCU